AUGACAGUGAUAUUAUCUUGUCUGUUUUAUAUCGUGCAUGACAAUCGCUAUUUUACAAAGACACCUACUCCAAGCUAUCAUUCCAACUUUAGUGCUGUCCACGACGAUGCAAGACCAGGCUAUAAAAACAAAAAUCCAUUGACAUGUCUUUAUAACACAGCACAUCCCAUCAAUCAAACAAAAAAAGAAUGGAAACAAUGUUUGGAUCCAGGAAAGAAACCGGAAUAUUAUCUUUCUAUUGUUCUAGUGACCCGCAUGGAUGAUUACGCUGGAAAUCAACAUCAUCGUUUCCAGAAUUUAAUUGAUAGCACUUAUUUAUUAGCAGAGCAAUCACAACAAAAAAUAGAGCUUUUGAUCAUUGAAUGGAAUCCACCUGUCAACAAGAGAAGAAUUUUGGACACUUUUAGGUUUCGCGGGUCGAAAUAUUUAAAUCAUCGCAUUAUCACCGUAUCAAAAGAAAUUCAUCAACGUGUACCUAAUAUCGGAAACGCUCCUUUACAUGAAUUCGAAGGGAAAAAUGUAGGUAUUCGCUUUGCACGGGGUGAAUACAUUGUCUGCACAAACCAAGAUGACAUUUGGUCUCAUAAUUUCAUGAAUGCUGUGAAAUCCAAGGUGUUUGAAAAAGAUACUAUCUAUACUCAAUUUCAGUCUCCUCACAAUAUCCAUGAAAACUUACCUCCAAGUAUCGUUAAUUUAGCUCCUUUCCCAGACGAUGAAACACUCUACAACGCCUGUAAACUAAGCGACCAAGACUGGGGAAACUACAACCUUCCUCCCGCGGUUCCUUCCUCCAUCAUCAGUCAUGAAAAUUACUGGUAUUACGGUGACCAAGCUGGCGAUUUCACCAUGGCUCAUCGCGAUACCUGGAAAGAUUGUCGUGGUUAUCGAGAAACUGGAGGCGUUGCUUGGAUGGAUAUCGAGUUUAUAUUGUCAGCCAUCGGUCAAUUUAAAAAACAAUUAGUCUACAGUGGAGACACUUUUGCUUGUCAUCAAGAACAUCCCAAUGAAUGGGAAAAAACCCCAGAUCGUCAUACUAAACCACAAGAUGCACAGGGGAUCGAUGAUCUGAUUACCGGUAAAAAGAAAUUAUCUAACAAGGAAGGUCAUUGGGGAUUGCAACAGAUAGAUAUUUGGAAAUAUGGAUUAGAAUGUCAUGAUUUUCAUGGUGGAUUGUGUUUGUAG